AUGGUUGUGGUGGGUGAGAGGGGGGCAAGGGGGCAGAGGGCCGUGCAGCUGUCCUCUGGGUGGCGCCAGAGGAUCACCACCACAGCCUCGUGCAGGGUACUUCCACAGCAGGUGACGGUCAGAGGGACGGUCCAAUCCCAGGAGGCGUUGGAGGAGGAGGCAUCGUCUGUGGCAGAGGUGUCGGUCGGCGUCCAGGCCAGGCCACGUCACGUCACACAACCACGUCAGCUCCUUGAGGCUUCCAACUCUCCUCCGUCCUGGUCCGGAGUCCUACGCAAACGGCAGCUUCAAGCCUCCAUCACCACAACUACUUCUCCCACCAGCAGAACUACCUUUCCCACCUCUCCCACUACCUCCACCUCUCCCACCACCACUACCUCCACCUCUCCCACUACCUCCACCUCUCCCACCACCACCACCUCCACCUCUCCCACUACCUCCACCUCUCCCACCACCACCUCCACCUCUCUCACCACCACUACCUCCACCUCUCCCUCCACCACUACCUCCACCUCUCCCACCUCCACCUCUUCCACCACAGAAGUCACCUCCUCCAUCACCACAAUUAUUUCUCCUACCACCACCACUAACACCACCACCUCCUCUCCCUCUGCCUCUCCCACCACCACCACUACCUCCACCUCUUCCACCACAGAAGUCACCUGUGCUCCUACCACCACUACUACCACCACCACCUCCUCUCCCUCCACCUCUCCCACCACCACCACUACCUCCACCUCUUCCACCACAGAAGUCACCUCCUCCAUCACCACAAUUCUUUCUCCUACCACCACUACUAACACCACCACCUCUCCUACCAACAACACCACUACCUCUCCCUCCUCUCCUACAAACAACACCACUACCUCUCCCACCACCACCACCACCACCACAACCUCUCCCUCCACCUCUCCCUCCACCACUACCUCCCCCUCUGCCUCCACCUCCUCCUCCUCCACCUCUCCCACCUCCACCACCACCUCCUCCACCUCCACCUCUCCCUCCACCACCACUACCUCCACCUCUUCCACCGCAGAAGUCACCUCCUCCAUCACCACAAUUAUUUCUCCUACCACCACCACUAACACCACCACCUCUCCUACCACCACCACCACCACCACCACCACUACCUCUCCUACCACCACCACCACUACCUCCCCCUCUCCCUCCACCUCUCCCACCACUAACACCACCACCUCCUCUCCCUCCACCACCACUACCUCCAACUCUCCUACCACCUCUCCAACCUCCACCACCACCACCACCACCUCUACUACCACCACCACCACCACCUCUCCUACCACCACCACCACUACCUCUCCAACCACCACCACCACUACCUCCACCUCUCCCACCUCCACCUCUUCCACCACAGAAGUCUCCUCCUCCAUCACGACAAUUAUUUCUCCUACCACCACCACUAACACCACCACCUCUCCUACCACCACCACCACCACUACUUCUCCAUCCACCACCACCACCACCACCACCACCACCUCUACUACCACCACCACCACUACCUCUCCUACCACCACCAUCACUACCUCUCCAACCACCACCACCUCCACCACUACCUCUACCACCACCACCAUCACUACCUCUCCAACCACCACCACCACCUCCACCUCUCCCACCACCACUACCACCACCACUACCUCCACCUCUCCCUCAACCACCACCUCCUCCACCUCCACCUCUCCCUCCACCACCACUACCUCCACCUCUCCCACCUCCACCUCUUCCACCACAGAAGUCACCUGUGCUGUGAUGACUAAAGCCUCUAUCACCGCAAUUAUUUCUCCUACCACCACCACUACCUCCAACUCUCCUACCACCACCACCACCACCUCUCCAACCACCACCUCCACCACCACCACUACCUCUCCUACCACCACCACCACCACCACCUCUCCUACCACCACCACCACUACCUCUCCUACCACCACCACCACCACCACCACCUCUCCUACCACCACCACCACCACUACCUCUCCCUCUCCCACCUCUCCAACCACCACCACCUCCACCACUACCUCUCCUACCACCACCACCACCACUACUUCUCCAACCACCACCACCACCACCACUACCUCUCCCAACAACACCACCACUACCUCCCCCUCUCCCAGCACGGCAGUCACCUGUGUUGUGCUGGCGCAGGCUUCUAAGACCGACUGCACGUGGAUGGAUCUAGAGUUUAAAACCGGACCGGAGAAACUCUUCACCUCCGCAAUACAACCAGCUGCAGCAGCUCACGAAAUGAUGAUUGUGAGGCUCGCUGAGACACCUGCUGGGCCUUUCUGGUUCCCAGGAGGACGGCCAGAUACCCCCUGGGACGGGGACAGGGAUGAGUACGGGGACAAGUACGGGGAGGGGGACGGGGAAAGGGACAGGGAUGGGGACGGGAGCGGGGAGGGGGACGGGGAAAGGGACAGGGAUGGGGACGAGUACGGGGACAGAUACCCUCAGGGACGGAGACGAAGAUGA